AGAGGGACCCGCAGCAGAAAGCCCACGUUGGCCGCUGCAGCGAGCGCAGCACCGAGAGGCAGGAGACUGCGAAUUCCGGCGCCGACGCCGCGGCCACGGCCGGGCGCACACAUCCUCUUCCCUACCGUCCCCUCUGCGAGUGGGGUUUGCUGGGCAGCCGGGGGAGCCCUGAAAGGAAAGCAAGAUCUUGGCCGCCUCAGCUUGAGGAGGCGAACGGCGCGCGGAGAUUUGAGAAGCGACAGCGCGGGAGGGUGGAGGGUCGCGGAGUUUGUGAGCGAAAAGGAAGUUAAGCCUCCGGAGAAGACUGGCUUUUCGGGACACCUUGUCACCACAGCCUGGGCCCUACGACGGGGUGAACUCCACGGUGGCCCUGGGAGCCGGGGACCGGCGUGCGCUGCGAUGAUGCCCGGCGUCCCCGCUAGCCCGUGAGCGGCCCCGCUCCCCUGCCGCCCCGGGUCCUUCUCCACCGCCCGGGAGGGCGAGGGGCAGCGAGGCCUGCGAGUGCCCGCGCCGUGACCCGCCCAAGGGCGAGGGCGCAGGCUGUAGUGCAGCCCUGACACGGACACACCUGGCCUGGACCGUGCGCCUUGUGGGGCUCCCCUUCCUCUGCUUCAAAGUGAUUCUCCCGGUGAUCACCCCUUCGCCACUCCUCCAGCCUGGGCAACUCGGGGCGCCCUAGACGACCAUGAGAGAUAAGGACUGAGGGCCAGGAAGGGGAAGCGAGCACGCCGAGAGGUGGCGGGGGCUGCUCACGCCAAGGGCCACAGCGGCCGCACUCCGGCCUCGCUCCGCCGCUCCGCGCCUCGCGGGGCCCGCGGGGGCAGCCCGGCCCGGCGGGGAUGCCGGGGCUGGGACGGAGGGCACAGUGGCUGUGCUGGUGGUGGGGGCUGCUGUGCAGCUGCUGCGGGCCCCCGCCUCUGUGGCCGCCCUUGCCCGCCGCCGCCGCGGCCGCCGCCGCCGGGGGGCAGCUUCUGGGGGACGGAGGGAGCCCCGGCCGCGCGGAGCCGCCGCCACAGCCGCCACAGUCCUCCUCCUCAGGCUUCCUCUACCGGCGACUCAAGACGCACGAGAAGCGGGAGAUGCAGAAGGAGAUCCUCUCGGUGCUGGGGCUCCCGCACCGUCCCCGACCCCUGCACGGCCUCCAGCAGUUGCAGCCCCCGGCGCUACCGCAGCAGCAGCAGCAACAGCUGCCUCGCGGGGAACCCCCUCCGGGGCGGCUAAAGUCAGCACCCCUCUUCAUGCUGGAUCUGUACAACACCCUGUCCGCCGCCGACGACGACGAGGAUGGGGCAUCGGAGGGAGAGAGGCCGAAGCCCUGGCCCCACGGAGGAGCCAGCUCGUCCCAGCCCCGGCAGCCGUCCCCUGGCACUGCACACCCGCUCAAUAGCAAGAAUCUUCUGGCCUCCGGUUCUGGUGGCGGCGGCGCGUCCACGCUGACAAGCGCGCAGGACAGCGCCUUCCUCAACGACGCAGACAUGGUCAUGAGCUUUGUGAACCUGGUGGAGUACGACAAGGAGUUCUCCCCCCGCCAGCGACACCACAAAGAGUUCAAGUUCAACUUAUCCCAGAUUCCUGAGGGUGAGGCGGUGACGGCUGCAGAAUUCCGCAUCUACAAGGACUGUGUUGUGGGGAGUUUUAAAAACCAAACUUUUCUUAUCAGCAUUUACCAAGUCUUACAGGAGCAUCAGCACAGAGACUCUGACCUAUUUUUGUUGGACACCCGCGUAGUGUGGGCCUCAGAAGAAGGCUGGCUGGAAUUUGACAUCACAGCCACUAGCAAUCUGUGGGUUGUGACCCCACAGCAUAACAUGGGGCUUCAGCUGAGCGUGGUGACACGGGAUGGAGUCCACAUCCACCCCCGAGCUGCAGGCCUGGUGGGCAGAGACGGCCCUUACGAUAAGCAGCCCUUCAUGGUGGCUUUCUUCAAAGUGAGCGAGGUCCACGUGCGCUCCACCAGGUCAGCCUCCAGCCGGCGCAGACAACAGAGCCGCAACCGCUCCACCCAGUCCCAGGACGUGUCCCGGGUCUCUAGUGCUUCAGAUUACAACAGCAGUGAGCUGAAAACAGCCUGCCGGAAGCAUGAGCUUUAUGUAAGCUUCCAAGACCUGGGGUGGCAGGACUGGAUCAUCGCACCCAAGGGUUACGCUGCCAAUUACUGUGAUGGAGAAUGCUCCUUCCCGCUCAAUGCACACAUGAAUGCGACCAACCAUGCGAUUGUGCAGACCUUGGUUCAUCUUAUGAAUCCUGAGUAUGUCCCCAAACCAUGCUGUGCACCAACCAAACUAAAUGCCAUCUCAGUUCUUUACUUUGAUGAUAACUCCAAUGUCAUCUUGAAAAAAUACAGGAACAUGGUUGUAAGAGCUUGUGGAUGCCACUGACUUGAAACCAGCCGCAGGGGACACAUGUUCUACCUUGGAUUCCUACAUCACAUCUGCCUUAAAAAUACACAGAAACAGUUAAGUGGGAUGAUAAGACUUUGAAACCAUCUCAUGCCGGUGCCUUACUGCCUAAGGGAGAUUUUAAAGGACCUUGUUAAUAAUAAUUUCUCACUUCAUAAACCUGAGUAGUUGUUGAUCUAUAGGAAACUGACUUUGAAUGUCUGUAGUGUAAGGUCUGGUAACUGCAAAAACAUAACCUUGAAGGCUGCCCCCCCCCAAAAAAAAACCCUAUCAAAAUUAGUUUUAAUUAUAGAGCAAGUUAUUUGGGGUGUAAGUAAAUGGAAAAUCUCAAAGGUGUAAGUAUUCCUGGCUGAAGUAUCAGCUGGCACAGUCUAUCAAAGGUAGGUUAUACAGGUUACCAAAACUGGUGUGAGGAUGCCUGUAUUUACAGAUUUCAUUCCCAGGAAGGUCAAUUUCACAAGGGCUGGACAGCCUAGGGUUGUAACCAGGCCUCUGUGGAGGUGCCUUUUGUCUCAAUUGUUGCUAUUUGUGCUGGAGUUAUGUUGUGUAAAAAUAAAUGUGCUUAUUUCAGUUGAAAUGAACCAUAUCAUUUCCACACCUCAGUCUUCCCAUUUUCUAUAUUCUUUGCUAUACGAAAAGUAGACUUAUCGUACUUUGAGGUGGGGCUGCGUGGGGUGAGAAGAAUUUCUGUAAACCCCAUAAUGUGGGAAAGAAUUCUGCACCAUCUUCUGUCUUGGAGUGGCUCUUUGGCAAACACAUUAACUUCAGGAACGUUGGCUCUACGAUCUCAUCUGCUUCAGUAAAAUGGUUCUUUGCCUUUUUUGCUCUACAACGUACCAUGUCACAAGGUUUGAACCAACAAGGAAAUAUGACAAGGGGGUGCCCAGUCUUUCAGAUUUGAUUUGGGGAGAUAAGCAUGCUGUUGAUGAAACAAAAUCACAAUUUUCUCUCAUAGAAAGUUAAGACUCAGAUAACAUUUUAGAAUAUUUUUUAAAUGUCUUUUUCACAAUCAUGUACUGGGAAAACCAAUUUCAUACUAAACUGAUUACAUAAUACAUUUAUAAUCUAUAACUGUUUGCACUUACAGCUUUUUUUUGUAAAUAUAAACUAUAAUUUAUUGUCUAUUUUAUAUCUGUUUUAAUGUAACUUUUAAGGAAAGACCAGACUUUUUAAAAAAGAGUUUAUUUAGAAAGUAUCAUAGUGUAAACAAAUUGUACCACUUGACUUUCUCUGAAUACAAGACUCAUGAUGCAAAGCUGAAGCGACACUCAUGUGCUUCUCUAGAAGUUGGGGUUUUUUGUUUUAAAGAACAUCUGUGAAUCACACGUGAUUAAUAAAGAUUUCCUUUAAGGCA